AUGUCUUCGCUUAGGACGAUUCUCAUCGUUGGCGCUAUGGGUGCGCAGGGCAUGCCGGUCGUUCAUGCCCUCGCUCAGUCGGGCCGUUACGCAGUCCAAACCAUGACACGCUCGGCAGAGUCACACCCUGCCAAGGAGAUUGCAUCGCUGCCCAACAUCUCGCUUUGCGUCGGUGACUGUUUGGACGUGAUGGACCUAAACCGUGCCUUCAAAGGUGUCCACAGUGCGUUCAUCAACACCAAUGGGCGCAGUACAACUGACAGCUGA